AUGUCUCCCUCACGUUCAACAGACCAGGACAUCCUGAAUGAGGUAGUGAUGUCUCUCUCACGUUCAACAGACCAGGACAUCCUGACUGAGGUAGUGAUGUCUCUCUCAAGUUCAACAGACCAGGACAUCCUGACUAGGGUAGUGAUGUCUCCCUCACGUUCAACAGACCAGGACAUCCUGAAUGAGGUAGUGAUGUCUCCCUCACGUUCAACAGACCAGGACAUCCUGACUGAGGUAGUGAUGUUUCUCUCAAGUUCAUGGGACCAGGACAUCCUGACUGAGGUAGUGAUGUUUCUCUCAAGUUCAUGGGACCAGGACAUCCUAAUUGUGGUAGUGAUGUCUCUCUCACGUUCAACAGACCAGGACAUCCUGAAUGAAGUAGUGAUGUCUCUCUCACGUUCAACAGACCAGGACAUCCUAAUUGUGGUAGUGAUGUCUCUCUCAAGUUCAACAGACCAGGACAUCCUAAUUGUGGUAGUGAUGUCUCUCUCACGUUCAACAGACCAGGACAUCCUAAUUGUGGUAGUGAUGUCUCUCUCAAGUUCAACAGACCAGGACAUCCUAAUUGUGGUAGUGAUGUCUCCCUCACGUUCAACAGACCAGGACAUCCUGACUGUGGUAGUGAUGUAUCUCUCACGUUCAACAGACCAGGACAUCCUAAUUGUGGUAGUGAUGUCUCUCUCAAGUUCAACAGACCAGGACAUCCUAAUUGUGGUAGUGAUGUCUCUCUCACGUUCAACAGACCAGGACAUCCUGAAUGUGGUAGUGAUGUCUCUCUCACGUUCAACAGACCAGGACAUCCUUAUUGUGGUAGUGAUGUCUCUCUCAAGUUCAACAGACCAGGACAUCAUAAUUGUGGUAGUGAUGUUUCUCUCAAGUUCAACAGACCAGGACAUCCUAAUUGUGGUAGUGAUGUCUCUCUCACGUUCAACAGACCAGGACAUCCUGAAUGAAGUAGUGAUGUCUCUCUCACGUUCAACAGACCAGGACAUCCUAAUUGUGGUAGUGAUGUCUCUCUCACGUUCAACAGACCAGGACAUCCUAAUUGUGGUAGUGAUGUCUCUCUCACGUUCAACAGACCAGGACAUCCUGAAUGUGGUAGUGAUGUCUCUCUCACGUUCAACAGACCAGGACAUCCUGAAUGCGGUAGUGAUGUCUCUCUCAAGUUCAACAGACCAGGACAUCCUGACUGAGGUAGUGAUGUCUCUCUCACAAUCAACAGACCAGGACAUCCUAAUUGUGGUAGUGAUGUCUCCCUCAAGUUCAACAGACCAGGUCAUCCUAAUUGUGUUAGUGAUGUCUCUCUCAAGUUCAACAGACCAGGACAUCCUGACUUGGGUAGUGAUGUCUCCCUCACGUUCAACAGACCAGGACAUCCUGACUGAGGUAGUGAUGUUUCUCUCAAGUUCAACAGACCAGGACAUCCUGAAUGAGGUAGUGAUGUUUCUCUCAAGUUCAACAGACCAGGACAUCCUGAAUGUGGUAGUGAUGUCUCUCUCACGUUCAACAGACCAGGACAUCCUGAAUGUGGUAGUGAUGUCUCUCUCACGUUCAACAGACCAGGACAUCCUAAUUGUGGUAGUGAUGUCUCUCUCACGUUCAACAGACCAGGACAUCCUGAAUGAGGUAGUGAUGUCUCUCUCACGUUCAACAGACCAGGACAUCCUGACUGAGGUAGUGAUGUCUCUCUGA